ACUCAUGAAGUGAAAAAAAACUUGCCUAGAGAAUUCUUAUAUUAGAGGCUCACUCUCUCUCCUCUUCAUUUCUUCUCUUCUUUCCUACCUCACUCCUCCUCCUCCUCCUCCUCCCUUGUAGACCCAUAUGCUGUACAACCAUCAUCCAACAAUCAUGAGCUUCCUAUGAUUUUUUUCGCCACCUAUUAUAUUCUACAAGUACACUGCAUAUUUUCUUCUCAAAAAUAAAAUAUAGGAGAGAUAUGGGUUGUGGUGGCAUGGUUUCUAAGGCCUUGUUUGGAGCACUCGCUUUGGCCGGAUUUUUUUGGUUGUUGUUGGUAGGUAUUUUGGAAACAGGAGGAACAGAUGCGACAACGAGGCUAAACCUGCAGAAAGCAGGAAGCUUGAAGCAUAUGGAGAUGCUAGAAGGAAGAGAGAAGGAGAAGCCUGUUGAUCUCAACUACAUGAGCAAAAGAAGAAUUCCAAAUGGACCUGAUCCUAUACACAACAGGAGAGCUGGAAACUCUCGACGGCCACCUGGUCAAGCUUAGGCAACAGAAUUUGAGCAACUUCAGCUAAAAGGGCAAAAGACUGCUAGAGAUGUCUGCCAUUUUGUAUGUAUUUUUGAAAAGUACGUGACUUUUCGCUUGUUUAAUUGUAGUUCAACGAGAAUUAUGACUCCUCUCAUAACUGGACUCCAACUAACUGGGGAGAAGCUGGACCCUGUUUGAAAAAUGGGAUUGUAAUUGCUCAUGAAAACAUUUGAAGAAUCCCACUUUGUGAGGUGGUGGUUUUUUUUUU